CAUUUUACGAUAAAUUAAGUUUGAACAAUGGGCAAAUACAAGGGGUAUAGGUGCAAAGCUUGGAUUUUUUUCCAAAUCAUCAUCACUUUCUUACAACGUCAGAUUGUCACGCAGGGAGAGACAGAGACAGUGAGGAGGGUUGAAUUGCUCCAGUUUGGUAACCAAAAGAGAUAGAUCACAUACAAAUUUGUGGACGACAGGGUCAGGAGUUAUCGAGAUUCAGAGGGAAUCAUCGUUCUUGAUUGAUGAUGGCGUCGUCGAUGAAAUUGUCUGUGUUGUUCAUGUUCAUUACCCUGUCGAUUUUGUUUUCUGUUUCCUCAUCUUCUCCGUCCCUGUCAUCGAGGUGUCAUCCUGAAAAUUUUCCAUUUCUUCGCGAUCUACAGCAUCAGUGCCCUACCACAAUCGUAUAUUCUUCGCCGAUCGAGAUGGAUGGAGAGUCUCUUGACAGGCUUUUGAGUUCAACGAAUGUUUAUAAGGCCAUAUUAUUCUAUGCUUCCUGGUGUCCGUUUUCUAGGAAUGCACAACCCAAGUUUGAUGCUCUUGCUUCAAUGUAUCCACAAAUUAUGCAUGUAAAGGUUAAACAAUCUUCGGCUCUGCCAAGUGUUUUCUCAAAGCAUGGAAUUCAUAGCGUCCCGUCAAUUUUAAUAGUGAAUGGAACAACCCGAAUGCAGUAUCAUGGUCCAAAAAAUUUGCACUCCCUUUCGGACUUCUAUCAAAGAACUACAGGACUUGAGCCCCUGAUGUACUUGACCGAAGAUCAAGUGAUGCCAUCUUCAGAAAACAGACCGAGAAGUGUUGUUUCAUGGAAGGACAUAAUGAGUGAGGAACCGUAUCUGGUGUUUUCCUUAUCGUUGGUGUUACUGAAGGCAUUCCUAAUUUUAUGUCCGGAGGUGGUGUCGAGUGUGAUAGCGUUAUGGGUAGCAUACAUUCCGCGGUUGAAUCUGGCAAUCUUUGGAGAAAGUAGACAGGUUUUGACGCACGCUCUCCAGCUGUUUGAUGUAAAGUCGGCAUUUAGUAAGCUGAAAGUUAGCAAAAGCAGGAAGUUCCAUAACGGAGCGAGAAGUGCUCGCGUAUUGGCAUCGUUAUCUUUGGGGGAGACAUCUUCAGGAAGAGCAUGAGAUGGUAUAAAUGAAGAAUCAUAAACCUUUACUUGUUUCUUUAUAAAACAAUUAAUUAGACUGAGGUGAACAACUUAUGUAAUAUAUAUAAUACUAAUAUGUAUAUUUUGGCUCCAAGCAUUGUGUUAUGCUUUCCAAGUUAUAUGGU